CCUCCGACAGGUUCCUGCAGAGCCAGGGAACCCCCUUUACCCGGCCGGGGACCAGGAGGAAGCGCCGAGUUCCCAGUUCUGCCUCUUUCUCAAGCUUUCCCCGAUCGCUGCCCGGGUUUCCCUGGAGAGGGCAGCCGAGCACCGCUGACCUCCGGCGGCUGCUGCGAAACCCCUGAGCCUCCAAACGGUGCCAAAGGGGAAGGAGGCAAAGCAAGAUUUGGAGAGGACGGGGUGGAACCGCUCGUGCUUCCACCGAAUGAGGGAACUGAGAUCCCAGCAGGAGGGAAAGUUGAGUUCGCAGGCUCCCCACUACAGCUUGUGUGGUCUAUAUCCACCACAAUGCGGCCAAUUCCUUUGGGAUUUGGGCGAACUUUCCCCAGUGCCGCGGUGAUAUUGUCCCUGUGUCACCCGGCAGCUGUCCCUGCUUUCCAGCGGCACCAGCACAACCCAGCCCCGGGCAGCUGCUGGGGGGGAAGUGGCUCCUGGAGGAAGGAUGGAUGAGAACAGGUACAGCAGCGACCACAGCCUCUGCAGCCCCUAGUCCUUCCUGACCACAGGUACGGUGUAAUUGAAGACCUUAAGCCAUUUCCCUUCCACUUGCAGAGAGAAAAUCACCUUGUUCCUCUGGCAUGAGCUGAUUCUGUCCAGAGAAAUCCGGGAACACAGGUGAGGUUUGUGCUGCAGGCACAGACAGCAGAUUUCUGAGCUUGCCCUUAGACCUGCAUACAAUCGGGUACAUCCAGAUUUUUUAACAUCUGCUUCCUAGUUUUCUUCCUCCCCAUACUCUUCCAUGUUCCCAGAGAAAUCGGGAGGAGAACCUGAAUGCCUCGUGCCUCAAACUCUGCAGUUACAUGGAGAAAUGAGAGGGACUGGAAGGAUUAUUUCAGCGAGCUGGAGGGUUUGGGUGAUUGUAGAUAUGGCACGAGCAGGCAGCAGAACACAACACCCAGAGGAGAAGUGGGGAAGGAAAAGAAAACCCAACACACAUUCUCCAAAAGAAUGUGACAGAGAGCAGGGAAGCAGAGGAAGGAUUCAUACUGAUGGAUUUCCAACCCAGGAGAAUAAAUCAGAAUGGUUCAACGAACCCAGAUGAAACCAGAAGUGCCGUGAGAAGAGAGGGAAGCAGACACUGCCCACAGCUGCAGUGACUGCCCUGAGAGCUGGAGGGAUGGGAACCCCCAGAGCAUCUGCAGGGAGAGCAUCCGAAGAAGUGCAGAAGGAAGCAGAAGGCUCUCUGUGAGGUCCCAGCUCCAGAUAACCAUCAUGGAUACUUGCAGGGUACCUGCAAAUGCCUCCAAGUGCAGUGGGAACACCAUGGAGUGCUUCAUGGUGCUCAGCACACAGGCACAGAAGAUUAGCAUUGGCAUUCUGUGUGGCCUCUUUGGGACAAUGUGUGUUUUUGAGAACUCCUUGGUGCUUUACUUGAUUUUAUCUUCCCCUGGGAUCAGGAAAAAGCCUUCCUACCUCUUCAUCGGCAGCCUGGCCCUGGCUGACAUCCUGGCCAGCAUCAUCUUUGUCUGCAGCUUUGUGAACUUCCACGUGUUCAACAAGUCUGGUUUCUCCAAGGAGGUGUUCCUGCUGCAGCUGGGAGGGGUGAACACAUCCUUCUCUGCUUCCCUCAGCAGCCUGCUGCUCACAGCCCUGGACCGCUACAUCUCCAUCAGCCGACCCUCGGAAUACAAGCUCCUGAUGACCAGGAAAAGAGCCUGGACAGCCCUGGCCGUGCUCUGGGUGACCUGUGCCACCAUUGCUUGCCUGCCCCUGUUGGGCUGGAACUGCUGCGUGCUGGAUUCUGUCUGCUCCGAGCUGUUCCCCUUUGUGGAUGACAAUUACCAGUCAGGCUGGGUCUGCUUUGUCAUGGUCCUGCUGGGCUGCAUCAUCUACGCCUACGCCCACGUGCUCUGGAGGGCUCGCCAGCACGUGGCCUACAUGGAGAAGCACCAGGCACAGGUAGGGAAGCAAAACACCCACAUGAGGAUGGAUGUGAUGCUGGCCAAAACCCUGGUCAUGGUGCUGGCUGUCCUCAUGAUCUGCUGGUCCCCCGUGCUCGUGCUCAUGAUCUACAGCAUCUUCGCCAGGCUGAGCGACCACCUGCGCAAGGUGUUCGCUUUCUGCAGCACUCUCUGCCUGCUCAACUCCAUGGUCAACCCCAUCAUUUACGCCCUGAGGAGCAAGGAGCUGUUCUCCUCCCUGAGGAGGGUGUUCUCCAACUUCAGGAGGCAGCUGAAGGUCACUGAGGAGAGCCCAGAAGCAGAGAGCACCCACAAGUCCUCCAUGAUAGAGACUGUGUGUGAGGACACACACGCAAUGUAGGGAGGCACCUGGGGGAGAUCCACACCCUCAGCUGGAAGGAAGUCUGGAUCACUUUUCUCUUCUGAUGCAAUUUGAGGGAUCAGCUCUGAUAUAGAGACAGCUCCUGCUGGUGUCACCCUUCAAUGCUGGGACAUAAAGUGCACAGACUUUGCUCUCAGGCAUGGGUUGGGAUUGUUGGGGUGUCCUGUGCAGGGCCAGGAGUUGGGCUGGAUGAUCCUUGAGGUGUCCCUUCCAGCUCAGGAUAUUCCAUGAUUCUGUGAUAAUCUCCCACCAAGGGAGGUUCAGGUUGGACAUCAGCAGGAAUUUCUUCAUGGAAAAGGUGGUCAGGCUUUGGAAGGCGCUGCCCAGGGAGGAUUGGAAUCCCCAUUCCUGCUGGUAUCACCUGGAUGUGGCACUCGGUGCUCUGGGCUGGUGACAAAGUGGGGACUGGGCACAGCCUGGACUUGAUGGUCUGGGCUUUUCCAACCUCAGUGGAACAUUCUCACUGUGGCUUAAGGACUUGGCCAGAGCUGGGACAGACUGGACCUUGCAGGCAGCACAUUUCUUCCAGCAGGUUUCAGGAGAACUGACCUAACC